AUGUCAAAGACUCGACUUGUAGCACCCAUCAGCACAGUGCUUUACGUGCCAAAGGCGCUCCCCGAUCUCUUGAAAGGGCCGGAAAGCGUACCCAGCGAGUCCAAUAUUCCGGCAAAUAUGCAUUGGACAGAGUGCACAGCUGAAGGAAGCGUUGUUUUGAUAAAACAGCCCGAGGGACAGAUUUGUGCGUUGAUCGGUGAUUUGAUUGCUGCGCGUCUGAAGCUUCGGGGUACUUUAGGAAUCGUGGCAGCUGGACGUAUUCGAGACAUUCCGUCGUGCGCUGCACUCUGCGAGGACGGUAGCUUUCAAAUGUGGUCACAUGGCUUUUCCGCAUCUGCUCCGUCACUCGAGACUGUUCCAUGGAUGGUUGAUGUUCCGCUUCAGAUAGGGAAAGUACUGGUCAAUCCUGGAGACAUCAUCUGUGCUGAUGAGGGUGAGAUGGCCAUUGUAGUGAUUCCGAGGCAUCAGCUUCAGCAAACGUUCGAAUUGCUACCAAAACUGAAAAGGGCAAGCGAAGGCGUGUCGGCAGAGAUAGAGAAUGGGUUUCCUCUGCGUGAGGCCACAAAAAGGCACCCAGAUUUCUAUAGUAAUUACAAGUAG